GUACAAUUGCAGUGAAAGUGCCACCAGAUUGGAAUUCAAAUUAAUAUCGUAUCGAAGUCUAUUCAAUUUAUAUUGCUUUUUUCUCUCUCUUCAUUCAUAUUCUAUUACACAAUACGCGUAACGAAAACUGUGUAUUUGAAUCUGUGAUUGAAUUUAAAUUUAAAUUUCAAUUUCAUUUUCAUUUUCUCUCCACGCCACUUCAAUAAAUAGUAGUAAUAAUUCAAAGUGUACACAUUCCAACUGAACACACUAAGAACGUUCGAUGAUUCAUUUCUGUUCGUAUUGUUAGUGGAUUCAGCAUCACUAUUUGAUUUUUCGUGAGAUUGCCGAAACAGCAACAACAGCAACAAUAACAACAACAACAGCAACACCGUCAAACUAUGAGAACGAAGACAAUCAAACCGUUUGUUCUCUGUUAGCAGCAUACUGUUGAAACCAAUGUAACCGAGUGAAACACAGAACGAAAUUGUUUCGUCGCGCACAAGUUUGACUUUAAGACCUCCAAAAAAAAAAAUCCAAACCCAAAAUAUACGAAAGAAACUGUUUUUGGUAUUGUGAACACAGAAUAGUCAAGCUAUAAAUGUUUAUUAAAAAUGGUUUGUGGCAUGACGAUAUUUACCAAUACAAUAAACACUUGAGUGAUAUCAACAGUUAACAACACAUCUUGCAAUUUUUUCUCUUGUGUCAAUCCAAACAGAUAUAUUAAUUUACAUUCAGUUCAGUUAUUGUGUGUCAAUUUUGAUCACGGCCUCAUUUUGAAUUUUCAUAGAUUUUUUUUCUUCUGAUUUCUAAUUGGUGCAUAUGAAACAUUUGUAAGUUCAGUGAGCUAGCGCAUGAAUUAGACGUGAACAAAUGCUUGCUAUUCUUUUUAAAUCAGAACAUUUUUUCGGUAUUAGAUCACUUGGAGCUGUCAUUAUGACAUAAGAAAAAAAAAACAUAGUAAACGUUACUAUAAAUUAAAAAGUCAUUAAAUUAUCAAAAAAAUAUGCUGUGUUUUAUCAGAUCUAAGCGUGAAGAAACCAUAUGAAUAAAUAACUUGAAUUGCUCAACUGUUCAACUUUCAGUUAGUAAUAUGUCAUUGCUAAAUCAAAUGCGUAUCAACGACACAAAUAAUAAUAUGAACACGAGUUCGAAUGAUGGACUGAAAAAACGCGAAAUCACAAAAAAGAAUGGCGAAAAUAUGGAUUCGGUGGAACAUGAUGCAGCUACAUUCGUACCAAAAAUUCGAUGGCCCGACUUAACAGCUCAGUUGUUCUUACACACUGGCGCUAUUUACGGAUUAAUCUUUCAAUUUUAUACGAUAAGAUUUUACACGCUGGUUUGGUUUUUUGCACUGAUCGUUUUUAGUGGAUUCGGUAUUACGGCUGGAGCGCACCGACUUUUUUCACACAAAUCAUACAAAGCAAACGCUAAAUUACGUCUGCUGUUGACUUUUCUGUUUACCAUUUCCGGCCAACGUGAUGCAUACACCUGGGCACACGAUCACCGUGUUCAUCAUAAGUAUACGGAAACUGAUGCAGAUCCGCACGAUGCGCGCAGAGGUUUCUGGUUUGCCCACGUUGGUUGGCUCUUUUUGACACCACAUCCAGCCGUCGUUGCAAAACGUAAAGUCAUCGAUUUAAGUGAUCUGGAAAAUGAUCCCAUUGUUAUGUGGCAAAAGCGAUUUUACAUCCCAUUGUUUGGCCUAAUCGCAAUCGCUAUGCCGGUUUUGGUACCGUGGUAUUUUUGGAACGAAGAUUUAUGGGCAUCAUUUUGGGUGAAUUUCAAUUUGCGCUUUUGCAUCACAUUGAACGCUGCGUUUUUCGUAAACAGUGUGGCACAUCUCUAUGGCAACAAACCAUAUGACCGAAACAUAAUGUCAGUAGAAAGCUUGCCCGUGGCGCUUGCUGCUUUUGGCGAAGGUUGGCAUAAUUAUCAUCACGUUUUCCCAUGGGACUAUAAAACAUCGGAGCUUGGCAAUUAUAAGUUUAACAUCAGCACGGCGUUUAUAGACUUCAUGGCAAAGAUUGGUUGGGCUCGUGACUGUAAAUUUGUGUCACCCGAAAUGGUUGCACGACGUAUAGCAAAAACGGGCGAUGGAACACACUCGCACCACGAGGAUUGCGUGUGGGGCUACGGAGAUGCAGAUAUUUGUAAAGAUGAUUUAGAAGAAUUGGAUAAAAUGCAAAGUUGAUAUAGCUGAUAAUUGUGUUUUUUUAUUUCGAUUAUAGUUACUUUUACUAAUAAUGUAAAUUAACAUUUAAAUGAAUGAAUGAAUGAAAGAAAGAAAGAAAGAAAA